AGUAUAUGUUUGAAAUGGAGUAGCUAGGUGGAAGUUACUUGCCUUUUGUCUAUAUUAAUAUAUAUUUAGUACUAAUCUUCAAACUGAGCAGAAGAGGAGUGAAAGUGCAGAAACAAUGAACAAUCAGUCGUCAAACAGGUAUGCAGUUGUGACAGGGGCAAAUAAAGGAAUAGGGUUUGAGCUAUGUAGGCAGUUGGCAUGUAAAGGAGUCAUUGUGGUUUUGACAGCCAGAGAUGAGAAGAGAGGCAAUGAAGCUCUAGAAAAGCUCAAAGGCUUUGCUCUCUCUGAAAAUGUUGUGUUUCAUCAACUUGAUGUAAUGGAUCCAACUAGUAUUGCUUCCCUUGCCAAUUUCAUCAAAAACAUUUAUGGGAAGCUUGAUAUUUUGGUGAAUAAUGCUGGUAUGAUUGGAGUAAGUAUAGAGGGAGAUGUCUUAGUUAUUAAAGAUAUAAUUGAGGCAGAUGUAGUUUCAAUUCCUGAUGACACCAAGCCACAAGAAGCUCAUAUCGCAGCAAAUGGAAAACUUGUUCAGACAUAUGAAUGGGCAGAACAAUGUUUGCAAACUAACUAUUAUGGUACAAAGAGAAUGAUUGAAGCAUUUAUUCCACUCUUAAGGUUGUCUGAUACGCCAAGGAUUGUGAAUGUGUCUUCUCUCAUGGGUAUAUUGAAGUUUCAGUCCAAUGAAUGGGCAAAACAAGUGCUAAGCAAUGCAGAAGAACUCACAGAAGAUAAAGUAGAUAAUGUGCUCAACAAGUUUCUUCAAGACUUCAAAGAAAACUCAUUGAAAGUCAAUGGCUGGCCGGAACAUGUACCUGCAUACAGAUUGUCGAAGUCUGCCAUUAAUGCCUAUACAAGAAUUAUUGCCAAAAAAUACCCUAAUUUCUACAUCAACUGCGUGUGUCCUGGAUAUGUGAAAACUGAUAUAAAUGCCAAUACUGGUUCAUUGACUGUUGAAGAGGGUGCAGAUAGUUUGUUGAAGCUGGCAAUGCUGCCGGAUGGGAUGGCCACGCCCCCAUCUGGACUGUUCUUUUACCGGCAGAAUGUAUCGAACUUCUAAUAGUUUGGUCCUUUCAAAUGUUAUAUUUCUCAAGUAAAUGUAUGGGGUUUGAAUUGAAUAAAGAUUUAUGUAUUCAUGAUAUUGGUAAUGGAUUUUCUUCUUAAAUCCAUUGAAGGACAUGUUAGUUUGAGAUUUAUUUGUGAUAUUAUCAAAACUGGAGUUUGAAAUCA